AUGGAGGGAUUCCAGGGAGGGCUGUUGUACCUCGUAGGGCGAAUGACAAGCGUCAAAGAAGUGCGAGAGUAUCGCCUAGACUACGAUUUUUUGGGUCACGUCGAAGAGCAAGACGUUGGCUCUGUGGACUCUAUCCAUACAGCAGAGAAGACAAGGUUCGAAAUGGGAAUGGUCACCCCCGGGGACCAGCAAUAUGGAGACCGCCGACGACGACCAGAACAGACACCAGCCGAUAGAAGAGAGGCGUGGAAGGCAACAGGGAUGUGUGCUGCGCUGGUCUGGAAAUAUGGUUGUGUGGAGCCGUGCUCGGCGACCGAUUGGGAAUGGCGCGUGUUUUUCACUUUUUCCCAGACUUCGUCUCUCGUCUCUACUUUGGCUGAACUUCCAGACCGCGACUCCCGACUGGCUGCCCGCCCAUUUCACUUUUUGGCUCUUACACCGGCUACAGAAAGAUCAAACAAGACAUACGGCUUCAUCGGACUUUUCGCGAGGUCGAGUAGCCAUAGAUGUACUGACAGAGGGGGAGGUCUAGGCAAACUGUCCAACUCGUACUGGGAAGUCGAGACUCACAGUGGAAGUGAGUUAAAACGGCCCGCUCAUGUCAAUGUUGUUCGGGAACCAAUGGGCACUCUCGCUUUGAGAACAUGGUCCCUUGGAGGGGCGAUGCUAGUCGAGUUGGGGAACGACCAACGACGGUGGCACGCGCGGUACCGCUCUAACAAUUUCCGACCUUAUUUCCCUUGUCCAGGCCAACCUGGCACAGCACAUCGAGGCAGGCUACAGGCCCAGCGAUCUGAAGCCCGAGCCGGAUUGUAG